AUGGCAUCUUGGCUUGGUUUCCUCCUCCUUUUCGGCAUCCUGAUAAUCAACAAUCUGCUCCUGGGAACCUUUGGCAUGGACAGCGAAAUUGUGGAGGCCCAAACCGGAGGAAUCGUUGCAACUGACCUUAAUGAAACCGGGAAAAUAAGUUUGGAGAAAAUGAGGAGCUCUAAUGGAACGUUGCAAGUGCAACCGUACAACAUUCUGGAAGCCAGCUGCCCACAUGGAUACGUCCUGACCAACAAACAUUGUCAUAAGAGUGUCUAG